AUACCGGAUCAGUCUCCUACGUGUCAAAUUCGAAGUCUCCGACUCUCCUGCCCUAAACCUCCCCCUUCCUUCGUAAGCUGGGCCAUUUCUGCUCCGAGCAGGCAAACCUUGCAGCAACCUGCAACUUCGAAUCCGCUCUACUAACUCUUCCAAUUCCGUCUUCGUUCGAAGCCUUCUCCAUUCCUCGAGAAGUAGGUAGGUUUGGCUAUUUGGUUUGAAGAAGUGCUCGAUGGAUUUUGACGAGUAUGACUAUUUGGAGAAGACGGUGGAAAAUCCAGAGUUGCAAAAGGUGAAGGAAACUGCAAAUGGUGUUGAUGAUGCUGUGAAAUCUGGCAAUAAGGAGCGCACAAGGAGCUCAAGGCAUCGGAGUGAUGAGAAUGACAGUGAUUUGGAUCAUCGAUCCAAGCGGGUGAAGUCUGGGGAUGAGCCACGUGAUCUUGAAAGGCAUAGAGAGAGGGGUUCAUCACACCACCGCUCGUCGCCAAGAGAAGGAGAGAGGAAUGAGAAGGAUAGGCGCAGGAGUAGCCGUGAACACAGGGAAAGGGAUAGGGAUAAGGAUAGAGAGGAGAGGAAUGGGAGGGGCAGAGACAGAGACAGAGACAGAGAGAGGGAACGGGAUCGGGAUCGUGAUCGUGAUCGGGACAGACGAGAGCGGAACCGUGAAAGUGAGAGAGAAAAAGACCAUGAGAGGGACAGGGACAAGGAAAGAGAGCCUGAACAAUCACGCCGAAGCAGAAGCCGUUCACAAAGACAUCACAGUCAUGAUGAUAGAGAAAGGGAAGGGAGUCGAGACAGGGUGUCUAAAGAAACAGAGAGGGAGAGAGUGUUGAGGGAACCAGAAAGAGAAACCAGACGAUACAAAGAGAAAAAAGAAGAUGGAGCAGAGCCAGAGGCUGAUCCUGAGCGGGAUCAGAGGACGGUAUUUGCUUAUCAGAUUUGUCUGAAAGCUGAUGAAAGAGAUGUCUACGAAUUCUUCUCAAGAGCUGGCAAGGUAAGAGAUGUGCGUCUUAUAAUGGACCGCAAUUCAAGACGUUCCAAGGGAGUUGGGUAUAUUGAAUUUUAUGAUGCUAUGUCUGUCCCUAUGGCAAUAGCACUCUCAGGACAGCCACUCCUUGGUCAACCAGUGAUGGUUAAACCUUCAGAAGCUGAGAAGAAUCUGGUCCAGUCAACUACAACUGCAACUGGAGUGGCAACUGGGCUUAUUGGCCCCUAUUCAGGGGGAGCGAGAAGGCUUUAUGUUGGUAAUCUGCACUUAAAUAUUACUGAAGAUCAACUUCGUCAGGUUUUUGAACCAUUUGGUACCGUGGAGCUGGUGCAGUUGCCUGUUGACUUGGAGACUGGUCAUUGCAAAGGUUUUGGUUUUGUUCAGUUUGCUCGUCUUGAGGAUGCUAGAGCUGCCCAGACUAUAAAUGGACAAUUGGAGAUUGCAGGUCGAAAAAUUAAGGUGUCUGCUGUUACUGAUCAAGUUGGAAUGCAAGAUGUCGGGGCAAUUGCUGGUGAUUUUGAUGAUGAUGAGGGCGGUGGCUUGUCUCUGAAUUCACGUUCUCGAGCAAUUCUUAUGCAGAAGUUGGAUCGUACUGGCACUGCAUCUAGCAUUAUGGGAUCUUUAGGAACACCCAUUGUUAGUAGCUCUGGUGUUAGUCUGCCAACAGCACCACUUCUUGGUGCUGCACCUGUGGUUUCUCCUAUUGUUCCUUCUCUAGUGCAGGCUUCUGUUCCUUCGCUUGUGGGAUUGCCAGGUGCAGGUCUCCCUGUUCCCAGUACUACUGUUCCAUCUGUUGAUAUGAUUGGUGUUCCUAGUGAGUGUUUAUUGUUGAAGAAUAUGUUUGACCCAAGUUUGGAGACUGAGCCAGAUUUUGAUCUGGAUAUUAAGGAAGAUGUGGAAGAUGAAUGUAAAAAGUUUGGAAAACUGAAUCAUAUCCACGUGGACAAGAAUAGUGCUGGUUUUGUAUACUUGCGAUUCGAGAAUACACAAUCUGCAAUAGGUGCACAGCGCGCUCUCCACGGGAGAUGGUUUGCUGGGAAGAUGAUCACUGCGACAUUUAUGGUAAUUGCGUACCAAUCUCAUUUGAUUUUAAUUAUGGCCUGGUUUUACUUCAUAUUUGUCAUGAUUAACUUAGAAUAUCAUUCGUGUGCACUCAGCUGCCCCAGAACUACGGGGCCAAAUUCCCAGAUAGCUAAGGUUGUGGAUUGUGGACGCAAUUGCUGAGUUCAAGAGAGCAGUACCAACUGUACCAUACCCAGAAUCCUAGUUAAAAUGGCCGUGUUGGGACGAGGUAGGGUUUUCCUGGCACAACAAGCAGGCAUUGUUGUGUAACAAAGUGAAUGUUCUUUAAAUCCUUCAGAUGGGAUGCCUAUUGUAACUCUUAAUGAUGAUAGUGGAGUGAAAAAGGUAGUCGAAAGUACAGAUUUCAUUGAGUGAUUAUUGCUUUUUGCCAUGAAAAAUUCAAUAAUCCGUGACAAAUUUUGGUGUUCUUACUGCUGUAAAUCUCUUUUACCAUUGUCAUUGUUAGCUUUGUUACCCUACUUUUUGGGCAUUAUCAGAGGAAUGUUUUGUGUGAUUCA